AUGGCCGCGGAGCGCCAGCUCCUGCUGACCUCCUUUGCUGUGCCGCCAGCGGCGACAGGCGAGGCGGGGGCAGCUACAAAGCCUGGCACCGGCCUGCUGCUACUCCAGCGGGGCGACUAUGCGGGGGCUCUGCUAGCAGCCCUGCGCGCAUGUUGGGAGGCGGCUGGCAAUGGCAGCAGCAGCGCCGCCCCCGAGAGCACCCCCGACUGGUUUGAGGCAGCGGCGGCAGCAUUCAAGCGGUUGCUCACUAGCGGCCCGACAGGGGCACAGGUGGCUGCGGCGGAGCAGCUGCUGGUGGCGGCAGUGGCAGCGCUUUACCUCUUCACUCAGGCCAACCUGUCGGGCCCUGCCACCUCCCUGCCAGAGUGCCCCUUUGACUGGAUUGACGAGCAGGCGGCGGCAGUCUGGCUACAACAGCUGCAGGACGGCAGCAGCCCGCGCGCCGGCGCCAGUGGGGCGGGCUUUGGGCGCGACAGCACCGGCCCGGGGGACAGGUGGGCCGCGGCGCAGCUCUCUGAGAGCGGCGAGGACCUGAUUGGGCGCAUGCAGUACCCGCAGUACCUCCUCCUGGCCCGCAUGGUACUGCUGGCACCGCUCCAGGUGGUACCGCCAGGCAGCAGCAGCGGCGACGGCGCCAGCAGCGGCGGCGCCGCGGCGCCAGCCGCAGGGUCGCCUGCCACAGUGCAGCCAGCGGCGGGUGCGGCGUGGCUGGAUGCGGCGCGGCUGCCCUGCUGGUGCUGGUGGGCGCUGCGCGCGGUGCUGCUGCAGCAGCGCCUGCUGUCGGGCCGGUCGGCGGCGCUGCGCAGCCUGCUGCUGGGGCUAGAGGAACCGGUGUUGGCGGGGCUGGCGGAGCCAGUAGAGCGCAGGCUUGCACUGCUGGCGGGCGGCGGCGGCGGCGGCGGCAGGGCGCCACCCAGCCUGGAGGAUCAGCUGCUGGCGGCGGGGGCGCUGCUGGAGGCUGCGCUGCUGGAGGCGGCGUACGGGCACAUGGAGGCGGCUGCACGCUACCUGCACCGCAGCGGCGCGGUGCUGGGCUUCCGCUCUGAGCUGACGGGCGCGAUGGGCGUGCGCACGGUGCACCAGCAGGAGGCGCGCGCGCAGCUGCUGGUGGCCGUGCGGCGCGACGCCGGCAACCCCUGGACCGCCGCGCACGCCGCCGGCGCGCUGCCUGGCGAGGCUGAGGCGCGGUGCGCGAUAGAGGCGGCGGCUGCGGCGGGGGUGCAGCUGCCAGCCGACCUGGCCGGCUUUGCCGCAGACUCAGAUGUGCUGCGCCACCCUCGGCUGGUGGGGGAGCAGGAGGCAGGCGCAGGGCAGGGGCAGGGGCAGGGCCCGGCGCUGCCGGCAGACCUGCACUCCCUAGAGCAGGCGCUGCUGCUGGGCUGGGGCCUGCACGUGCGCAAGGGCAGCGCGGCAGACGGGAUGCAGCCGUGGGAGGUAGCGGCGUAUGUGGAUGCAGUGGCGCGCCAGAAGCGCACGCAGUUCCUUCUGCAUGCGGCGGCCGCGCUGCAGGCUUCGCGGCUUGAGAAGUCGAGGUCGCGCACCCGGGACCGCGCUCUGCUGCAGAUGGAGCAGCUGGCAGAGAGCCUGGACAGGCGCUGCGCCGAGCUGCCGCCCGCGAUGCGGCUGCGCCGCCACGCCACGCUUGGCUCGUGCCUUCCUUGCGCUGCACAGGCCGAGGAGCUGAUCCGGCGGCGGCUGGAGGUGACCCCCGACGAGCCGCGCCUGUGGUGCGCGCUGGGGGACCUGCUGGUGGAGGAUGCGCACUACCUGCAGGCCUGGGAGCGCAGCGGGCACCGCAACGCCAGGUCGCAGCGCUCGCUGGCGCGCAGCGCUCUGCGUGCCGGCAGCUACGCCAAGGCGGCGGCGCACUGGGAGCUGGCGCUGGCGCUCAACCCGCUGCAUGGGGAGGGGUGGUUCAGCCUGGGCUACUGCCACAUCAAGGGGAAGGAGUAUGGGCGGGCGCUGCAGGCCUUCACCCGCAGCUCGCAGCUGGAGCCGGAGAAUGGCGAGGCGUGGAACAACCUGGCCGCCAUCCACAUGCACCUCAAGCACUGGAGGCAGGCCUUCAACGCGCUGUCGGAGGCCGUGAAGCACAAGCGCGACAGCUGGCAGACAUGGGAGAACUAUGCGCAGGUGGCGGUGCGGGUGCGGCAGUGGCAGACGGCGGUCAGGGCGCUGCAGCAGGUGCUGGUGCUGUCGUCCGGGCAGCGCGCAGACCUCACUCUUGUGGCGGCGCUAGUGGGGCAGGUGGAGGUGGUCAGGGGCGUCGGUGGCAGCGGCUCUGAAGCUGCAGAUGGCGAGGCGGAGCUGCCGCUAACGAGCGCUGCGUCAAACGGCGGCGAUGCUGCAGCGGGUGCCGAGCGCGCCAUGCCCGCCGACGCGCAGGCAGCAGCUGGGGCAGCGGCAGCGGUAGACAGCGGCAGCGGCAGCAUGGCGGAGCUUGCGGCCGCGCUCGGCGAGUUGAGCGGUGGGGGUGGCAGUGCUGCCAGCAGAGGUGGUGGCGGUGCUGGGGACGCGGUCCAGAAGGCGGAGGCGCGGGGCCAGGGAGUGCUGGAGCAGUCAGUGGGCACGCUGAUGAAGCAGGUUGCUGCCACGGUGAGCGGCGACAGCAGAUUCUGGGAGCUCUACGCCAGGUACCAGGCCGCCCUGAGCUAUGCUGACGCAGCCAAGGAGUGCUUGCUGAAGCGUAUGGCAGAGGCGGAUGCCGUCGGGGUGCAGCGCGACCUGUCCUCUGCCCGCCUGCACUUGCGCGGGCUGAUCAAGCAGGCGCAGGAGCGGUACGAGGAGGAGCCGGCAUUCAAGGAGCUGCAGCAGCUGCUAGCGCAAGUGGAGGAGCGACAACGGGGAGUGUGA